UAGGAGCUGUGUAACGAAGACGAAACAGUUCCAGGUCCGGAUUUAAUUACUGAAAACAGGAAAAUGUCGGACGAUGAGAAAGAUAUGGAGAUGGGUGAUGAGGAAUGGCCCGGACAAAUGGGAGAGGAGGGAGACCUAAAAAGUCAAAACGAAAGAAUAGCGCCUUACCAGCUUAUGAACAGUACCGGGGGAUAUGUGUACCAGACUGACUAUAUAACUCAGCUGAUGAGGUUCCUGUGUAUCGGAACAACAGGCGGGACAUAUUACACAGGGGAGGUCGAGCUAACCAGGGAAAAUGCACGCUGUAUUGAUAGGUUAAUAAACGGUGGAAAAGGCAAAGAAGUAGUGGAGCUGGUUCGUGAAUUCAGCGUGGAGAACCGAGCAUGUAAACAGCGACCAAUUAUGUACACCCUGGCGCUCUGCUGUCGUUCAAACGACCCCACAACAAAGGUAGAGGGCUAUAAAAUACUGUCUGAUGUGUGCCGAAUCCCAACACACCUGUUCGAAUUCAUCAAGUACUGCGAGGAGGAAAGCGCUGGAACAGGAUGGGGGCGUGCGCACCGCCGAGCCAUAUCUAAAUGGUACUUGAAUUACGGGAAGAAGGAGGGAGGGGGAGCAUUUCUUGCUCUUCAUAUGACGAAGUACAAGAAUCGCUUUGGUUGGAGCCAUAAGGAUAUUUUCCGGCUCUGUCAUAUUAAACCAGAACCGGAAUACCCCGAGAUCAAGUACCUGAUCAUGGUUACCACUAAAGGAAAGAAGAAAACAGACGAGAGCGAUUUUGUUCAACAAGAAAUAAGAAAACCAGGAUUUGAGAACUCCGAACUCAAGAAGGUAAUGACCUUUAUGGAUGCGGUAACACGAGCUGAGCAUUGUACAGAUGCAGAAACCAUGACACGCUUGAUACUGGAACAUAAUUUGACAAGAGAACACGUUCCUACUGAUUUGUUGAAGUCAAAGGAGAUAUGGAAAGCUCUGAUCAAACAUAUGCCUAUGACAGCGAUGAUAAGGAAUCUUGGAAAAAUGUCCCAUUUAGAGCUUUUGGAGCCAGGAACUUUUGAGGAGGAGCUGACUAUCCAGAAACUGACAAACCCAGAGUUACUUAAACGCGGGAGAAUCCAUCCAUUUACACUUUUGGUAGCUUUGAACCAGUACAAGAAAGGUCAUGGAGAGCUUGGAAAGAUGAAGUGGAAAAAGAACGUCAAAGUAGAAAAAGCUUUGGAGGAUGCUUUUUAUCUGUCAUUUAAGAACGUGAAGCCCACCGGAAAAAGAUUCUGUCUGGCUGUUGAUGUCAGUGGGUCCAUGAAUGUUCCUGUAAUGGGCACUCCAACCAUUUCAGCACGUGACGCUGCAGCAGCUAUGAUGAUGGUCACCGCUCGUACGGAGCAGAAUUAUGAAGUGGUAGCGUUCUCAGGUGGACUCACCCCACUGGAUAUCAAAGCUUCGGACAACCUAGACAACGUUUUGGACAAAUGCGCCUCGCUGCCUUUCUGUGGUACCGACUGCUCUCGCCCCAUGAUGUACGCCAUGGAAAAAAAGAAGAAAUUCGAUGUCUUUGUCGUCUACACAGAUUCCGAAACCUACUUUGGACAAAUUCAUCCCUCAGACGCCCUUGUGAGGUAUCGGAAGAUGUCAGGGGUAACACAUGCCCGCCUGAUCGUCUGUGGCAUGGCCAGUAAUAAGUUCACCAUCGCGGAUCCUAAUGACCCCAUGAUGAUGGACAUCGUUGGUUUCGAUACAAAUGCACCACAGGCUAUCCACGAAUUUGUCACGGGACAUAUUUAAUAUGCCAUUUUGCCUGAUAUAUUCUAGAGUGUUAAUUUUAAUUGGCUCAUGAUAAUGAAAACAUUGAUUAUUGGACUAUCAUUAAGGUAAACGGUACUUGACGUAAGUAUUUUCAUCUUUUUUAUUUGACUUCAUACCUUCAUUCAAUUUUUUGUACAUUUUGUUUUAUUUACUUUCAGAAUCAUUUAAUAUUUUUUUUUUGUUGAUAUUAUUAAAAGAACUUCUACAAAUUUCAUCAUAAUUAUUAUCAUCAUUCCCAGUGUUUAUCGGUGUUUUUUAUAACUUCUUGUUAGUUCAAUUGUUACAAUGUAAAAUUUUAACAAAUCAUUUUUUCUAUGAAGGUAUCUGAAAUGGUUCGAACGUUCAUUUCUUUUGCUUUAUAAAUAACUAUGUAUACUAUUGUAUCACACACACACACACACACACAAUAAUUUAACUAAUGUAAAGAUGAUUACAUAUAAUGAAUAAUCGCUAAACAGGGAGUAAAUGUUUUAUAUUAACGUUAAAUUCUUUUGGGGAUUCUACGUAUCACCACUGAAUCGUCCAACCAAUAUGAUUAUCAAGAAAUAUCGAACAUUAAUUUCAACGUAAACAUCUACCUUAUAUGUACGUGUCAUUAAAACCCCCCAGCUUUUUAAGAUUUUAUGGUGAAAGUAUGUACUGGUAUAUCUGCAGAUCUGUAGCUCGCUAGUGUAAAAAAUGGAUUGGACGACCAGAGAGCUACAAACACACCCAUAAAAAUAGGUGUAUAUUUAUUGCGGACAAAAAAGUUCGAUGGUUUCAAUUUCUGGCCCAUGAGGGCUUUUUACAACGUUUGUUGGGAAUGUCUGUUUUGUGGAAGUAAAGGAAUAUUUUACAAACACACAGUUGUAGCAAAAUUUUAGGAUGGCAGAUAUACGGAGAAAUAAAUCGAGAAACGUGUGCUCUUUUUGGUGCAUAUUGAAUAUUGAGUAUAUAUAUAUAUAUUGAGUAUGCCCAUUUUUUUUAUCACCAGCGAGCUAUUGAUCUGCAUUGCUAACAUUGAUAUAGUGUCCGUUGCCCGGUGUUUUCAAUCGAACUUUGUCAUGUAGACUACAUCAAGAUAAUAACACUACGUAUAAGUUUUAGGUCUAAUAGCAGUUUCCUUGAUACCGCCCCUCCCUCCCCGAAAAAAUAAGCUGUUCAAAUCUUUCAAAUGCCCACCCUUCUAUUAUAGUGUUUGUCUGAUUCAGCGAAACUGGGUACGCAAGUAGAUUGCCUUUUCAAGAUGCAUAAAUUAGUUUUUGAUAUCUAAUGGAAGGUGAUGAUAUUUAGAAAGUUGGUAUUCUUGCGGUUUUUUCCGAUUUAAACUACAGUAAACUUUGAAACACCAGGAGAUUGUAUCGAUAAGUAUGAUAAUCUAUGCUACUCUUUCAUUUUGGUGAAAGCAUUUGUAUUGCUAAAACAAUAUUAAUUACACAUGUAAUUACAUAAUUUCAUUUA